GGGCCCCGGAGCCGAGCAGCCUGGCAACGGCGGUGGCGCCCGGACCCCGAGAGUUUCCAGUAUGGCUUCUGCACCGACUCCUAAAUAUAAUUCACACUCCUUGGAGAAUGAGUCUAUUAAGAGGACUUCUAGGGAUGGACUUAAUCGGGACAUGGGUGAGGCUGUUCCUCAGCUUCCGGGAGAAACUCGCAUUACUGACAAAGAAGUUAUUUACAUAUGUCCUUUCAAUGGCCCCAUUAAGGGAAGAGUUUACAUCACAAAUUAUCGUCUUUAUUUAAGAAGUUUGGAAACGGAUUCUGCACUAUUGCUUGAUGUCCCUCUGGGUGUGAUCUCAAGAAUCGAAAAAAUGGGAGGCGCGACAAGUAGAGGAGAAAAUUCCUAUGGGCUAGAUAUUACCUGUAAAGACAUGAGAAACCUGAGGUUUGCGCUGAAGCAGGAAGGCCACAGCCGAAGAGGCAUGUUUGAGAUCCUCACGAAAUACGCCUUUCCCCUGGCCCACAGUCUGCCAAUAUUUGCAUUUUUAAAUGAAGAAAAGUUUAACGUGGAUGGAUGGACGGUUUAUAAUCCAGUUGAAGAAUACAGAAGGCAGGGCUUGCCCAAUCAUCACUGGAGGAUAACUUUUAUUAAUAAAUGCUAUGAACUCUGUGACACCUACCCUGCUCUCCUCGUGGUUCCAUAUCGUGCCUCUGAUGACGAUCUCAGGAGAGUUGCAACUUUCAGAUCCCGAAAUCGGAUUCCGGUGCUGUCGUGGAUUCACCCGGAAAACAAGACGGUGAUUGUGCGUUGCAGUCAGCCCCUUGUUGGUAUGAGUGGGAAACGAAAUAAAGAUGAUGAGAAAUAUCUCGACGUUAUCAGGGAGACAAACAGACAAAUUAAUAAACUGACCAUCUAUGACGCGAGACCCAGUGUAAAUGCGGUGGCUAACAAGGCAACAGGAGGAGGAUAUGAAAGUGAUGAUGCAUAUCAUAACACCGAACUUUUCUUCUUAGACAUUCAUAACAUUCAUGUUAUGCGGGAAUCUUUGAAAAAAGUCAAAGACAUUGUUUAUCCUAAUGUGGAAGAAUCUCACUGGUUGUCCAGUUUGGAAUCCACUCAUUGGUUGGAACAUAUCAAGCUUGUUUUGACAGGAGCCAUCCAAGUAGCCGACAGAGUUUCUUCAGGGAAGAGCUCGGUGGUGGUGCACUGCAGCGAUGGAUGGGACAGGACCGCCCAGCUGACGUCCCUGGCCAUGCUGAUGUUGGACAGCUUCUACCGGAGCAUUGAAGGCUUUGAAAUUUUGGUACAGAAAGAAUGGAUAAGUUUUGGACAUAAAUUUGCAUCUAGAAUAGGUCAUGGUGACAAAAACCACGCCGACGCUGACCGAUCUCCUAUUUUUCUCCAGUUUAUCGACUGUGUGUGGCAGAUGUCAAAACAGUUCCCUACAGCUUUUGAAUUCAAUGAACGGUUUUUGAUUACAAUUUUGGAUCAUCUGUAUAGUUGCCGGUUUGGUACUUUCUUAUACAACUGUGAAUCCAUGCGAGAGAGACAGAAAGUCACAGAAAGAACAGUUUCUUUAUGGUCGCUGAUAAACAGUAAUAAAGACAAAUUCAAAAAUCCCUUCUAUACUAAAGAAAUCAAUCGAGUCUUGUAUCCCGUUGCCAGUAUGCGUCACCUGGAACUUUGGGUGAACUACUACAUUAGAUGGAACCCCAGAAUCAAGCAACAACAGCCAAAUCCUGUGGAGCAGCGUUACAUGGAACUCUUGGCCCUGCGUGACGAAUACAUAAAGCGACUUGAGGAACUGCAGCUCGCCAACUCUGCCAAGCUGUGCGAUCCCUCAGCCUCCCCCUCUGGUCCUUCACAAAUGAUGCCCCACGUACAAACUCACUUCUGAGAGGCCACCUGGCCCCAAGUUAGAGUUCUGAAUAAAGGAAAUAGUUGACUUUCAUUUGGGGCCUCUGUACAAAGUAGGUGAAACUAUCUGCUUCCAUGUAGAACUUGAACUAACCAAAUCUUAAACUCUUGAAUAUGUGCCUUCUAGAAUACAGAUUGCAAGAAAACGACAGUGUCUGCAUGGCAGUCGGAAGAAAGGAGCUGAGAUGGGGUUUUGGAAAAUCCUGACACCUUCCAAAAGCAGUUUUUGAAAGAUAAAUAUUUAAAUCUGAUUUACCUCUUCAGAGAUACUACGUAUUCAAUAUGUAUUUUGUGGGCUUAAUUGGAACAAUGACACUGUUAACCUUUUAAAGGGGAGAAUGUAUAUGUUUAUGAAAUGGAUUUUCCUCAAACUGCUUAUAAUGUUUGCUUUGGAUUAUCUAAAACAAAGCGAAACGUGAAAGAUGUGUGUUACUGCCAAAAGCAACCUGAGCUCACCUUCCGAGAUAUUAUCCAAAAGCAAGGUGUUUAAAUAAUUGCCAAAUUUUAUACCAUCAUGAGUGGUGACUUAAGGAGAAAUAGCUGUGCAGAAGAGUUUUCCCUUAUUUUGAAAUUUGGAAUAUGAAGUAUUUUCCCUUAAUUUCCAAGAGAAGCAUAUUUUUAUAUUAAAAAAAAACCUGAUAGGGCCCAGUUAAAUAUGAUUUGAUUUUUUUUAAACAUUGCCAGUUCUGUUUUCUAAACUCUUUCAUGAGCUUGCCGAAAAUUCUGGCCCAUUUUCAGGUUGGUGGAUACCCCUUAGACAGCACUGUUUAAAGAUGUCGGAUGCAUUUUGCUGCUUAAGUGAAUGUUUUCGCAAACGCUGCUCUAGUCAAACCAGCUUAUCUGCCAAAGUGUAGGGUUGACCAUAUUGGAUGCAUGAACUGUUGCUAGAGCAUCAUCCUUUGAAAUAAAAGCCGCAGAUGUACAUUUGUUGAGCGUACUCUUGAAA